AUGUCCACGACGGCGAGCCCGCGCUCGGCCAGGAGCUCGGACUCCUUCAUCUCUGGGCGGGACUCCCCAAUACAUGGCUUUGAUUCUUCCGCGGCGCUCAUUCUCGUACCGGACGCCGAGGACGCCGCCGGGAAUGCGUCGUUCGAGUUCACGAGCGACGACGACACCGAUGACGAGGUUCCCGACCAUUCCGAGCGCAUACAGGCGUCCUCCGUUCCGCCAUUGUCCUCGGUCACUGUCUUUCUUUACCUGCUCUCGCCCUAUCUCAAGCUCGGCACCUUCUUGAUACCAGACGGCGGUCUGCCGUUGAAGGUCGCGGUUCCGGUGCUGUUUUUCUUCGCGGGUCUAUCGGCAUUCACAAGGCAGAUAUGGUACAUGCUCGCCAGGUACGUGCGGCGCGCGGACAUGGAGGAAAUUGUGCUGGAGACCUUUGCGAGGGAGAGGUCGAAAGAGGGCAGACGGUGGUUGUUGCGGCAGUUGGUCCGGGUCGGGUCUGGCAUCUUCAGAGUGCUGUUGUCUGCAAUGUAUAUCAGAGCCUCAGUCGAUGUCCUCCUACCGCUGCUCCCUGAGAAGCUCCUCCUUCCAUCCUAUCUCGGCGCUACGCUCGCCUUCUCUGUAAUCAUCGCUCCACUGUAUUUCACCCCGACAGUCGCCGCCAACAGAAUCAUCUACGCUACGUGGGGCUCGAUAUCGUCCUAUGCCGCUUGGUUCAUCUGUAUCGCAUACGCGCAUGCACACGGAAUACUCGCCUCGAACGCGAGCUCCAUCUCAUUAGGAACACUAUGGCAGGGAACAUCCACCAUUGCGUUUGCGUUCACAACGUCCUCGACUAUCCCACUGUAUGCUGCCUUGAAGGGCAAUGCCCAGCCGUCAAUGAGUCCUCGGCCACGCCGGUCGCAGUCCUUCAAGCUGCUGUCUGCUAUGUCUGUUGGGAUCGCUAUACUGUGCAUAUUGCCGCUUGUGUUCUUUCAGUCAUCCGAUAUGCCAAGGUCGCAGGAAGCGGCCUCGCAGACUCUUGUUCAGCUUACGGCCGCAUUCAAUGCCGCAGCGCUCCUGCUAGCGGUUCCGUCCAUUCUCAUCCCGACAUCUAGCAUCCCGAUCCCGUCGUACAUUCGUCGGGCCAUCAAGCUACCGAUAUCCAAAAUACUCGUUUACAUACUAGCCGUCUCCAUCUCGCUCCUGCCAAAGUCACUCUCUAGCGUCUUAAGCGACGUCUUGUGGCUUUCCGCUUUCCUCAGCACGUAUACGCUCCCCGCAUUCAUCCACAUCAUCCUGCACAACUUCCGGCGCCCACUAUCGAUUAUUAUCCCGCCAACUACGCCUGUGCCACCGAGUCCUGACAAUCCACGCUCUGCCGAGCAGAGAGACUCGCGACUCGAUGAGUUGCUUCAACGAAAGGAACGUACGCUGCAGCGACGACGUCUCGGGCGGAGGAUCAUAUGGGAUAUUGGUGUGUGGGUGCUACUCCUCCCCGUUGGCGGCGGAGGCGUUGUGUGGGCUGGUGGAAAGAUGGCGGGACGGUGGUAG